AUACUACUCAGUUUGAACAUUAUAAUGUGUGCCUGACGAAAUGCGACGAUUUCAGCGGUUUUGACUAUUCAUUGUUAUCCUUUUUGUAAUACUAACUGAUAAGGUAAAAUUGUUGCCAACUUGAUAAUUUGUUUGCCCCCACCCCUAGACGUCAAACCGUUACCAACAGUUAAAGUACACGUCAGUUUGUUUAAUUCGUAUCAGUCUCUUAAAAGUUUAUUCGUAUAUUACCGUUCGAUUGUAUUAAAACCAUGUGCUUACAACCCGUCUGUAACACUUGCAUAAAAUGAAGACUUCAUUUCUAUGUGUCGAGUAUGUUUUCAUUUUAGCUUUGUGCAGCAAGUGCCUCGUGUGCGAAGAUGCGGCGACGACUCCUUCACCCAAUGCCCCAAUCGGUGAAAAUAUUUCAUCAGACAGUAUUCAAGACACCAAAAAAACGCUGGAAAGUGAAAAAAGUGACGAUGUAAUUCGCGGUUUAGAACCUAGUGCGGACGUUGUGAGUAAUUUUAAUGAAAAAACCGAAGGAGAAACUUUACAAGUGUUCGCCGAAGCGACUUCCCAGAAUUCAGGGGUUGCCAAUGAUAUAACAACAAGCGGCCAGCCGGUGGUUGUGACACUCUCCGACGUCGCCACCGCCGAGCUACAGCAGCGCGCCAUACUUCCUAGUCAAGACCCACCCCCCGAGCCCCAAUCUGCCAAUCAUACCUUUAAACUCAACCAAUCCAGAUCUGACAAAAUCGACGUACCUAGCGUCAAAGAAAACCUAACUGAAGAAAUACCAUCGUUCUCCGAGUGGGCGCAAAAGCAACUCCAAGAAGCCGAAAAAAACAAAUCAAACACCUCCACUCACCAUUCUAACGGCAAACAAGCUUCAGGGGCGAAGUUCCGAUGGAAAAACUACGCGUCGUUGGAUUGCGGCGCCAAAGUCGUGGCUUCCAAUCCAGAAGCUGUAAGCCCCAGCGCCAUAUUAAGCCCCUCACGUGACGAGUACAAACUCAACACUUGCACGAGUCGGAUUUGGUUUAUCGUAGAAUUAUGUGAGGCGAUUCAAGCCAAAAAAAUCGAUUUGGCGAAUUUCGAGUUGUUCUCUUCGUCGCCGAAGGAUUUUGCAGUUUUCGUAAGCGAUAGGUUUCCAACACGGGAAUGGUCGAAUGUUGGGCAUUUUACUGCGAAGGAUGAGCGCGAUGUGCAAAGUUUCGACCUCCAUCCGCACCUCUUCGGGAAAUAUAUCAAGGUCGAGGUGAAGAGUCACUACGGCUCGGAGCACUACUGUCCGAUUUCGCUUUUUCGCGUCUAUGGGACUUCGGAGUUUGAAGUGUUGCAGAAGGAGGACCAAGCACACGAGGACAGACCCGAUGAUGACGACGACGACGAUGAGUCGCUAGAUUUGGAAAAUGGCGAUUCGAGGAAAAAUUUAUUCAGUUCAGCUACGGAUGCCGUGAUUUCAAUGGUGAAAAAAGCGGCCGAAGUGCUGGGAAAUAAGGGGAAUUACAGCAACCAGACUGAAAUUUCAAAUAACACCAAACAGGCCGUGCCUUUGAUACGGGUGUGUACGUCACCGAGUCAUCUAGUCGUUUGUGAUAACUGUAGCGACGACCUCUUCGGACACAUCUAUGAACUACUCAGCUGUCACGAUUCACAAAUAUGGAGUUUGAUCAAGUUGACGUUUAUUCGAAAUGUCCUGAUUGAGUCGAAUUUAUGCCAAAAAUUCGGAUUUGAGUUUUGUAAAGUCAGCGACAAAUUUGAUGUGCAUGCGAAAUACAUUAAAGCACUGUUUCCUGAACAUUUCCUCGGUGCCAUGUGCAACAUGGCAGCAGUUUAUCAAAAUAAAGUAGUACUUAACGUUAGUAAUCAUUCCAAUGAUACAAUCAUUGAUGAUGAUAAAAUGAUAAACAUCGAAACGUCUGAACCUCACAUACUUCCAGUCGAGACGCGAAAAGAACCGGAAGUUACCGAUGCGUUGUCAUUACAAUCAUCGGAGGCUGCCUCGACGCCAGCAUUACCUGAUGUAACACUUACGUCACAAAUUAAGCCAACUAAGACUCUAAAUUCAGAAUUCGACUCUAGACAAAGCAAUACUGAGGCGAGUUCGGACAAAAGUGAGGUAAAGUCAGUUGUGACGUCAACCGAACCGGUCCAGUCAAACUUAACCGAACCAGAGGUGGAGCCGGAAGUCGAAAACGUAACCGAAAGUGUCGAAUUGGAUGACCCUCUUGAUGCAGCGACGCCACAGGCACAAAAAGAAUCGGUCUUUCUCCGUCUAUCGAACAGAAUUAAGGCCUUGGAGCGUAACAUGUCGCUUUCGGGCCAAUAUCUCGAAGAGUUGAGUAAACGGUACAAAAAGCAAGUGGAAGAGAUACAAAAACUGCUUGAUAAAACAAUACUCAGUUUAAAUGAAGAAAGUAAGAAGAAAGAUGAAAGGAAUAAGCAGUUGGAGGAGCGUCUUAACGUACUAACAGCAAAUUUGGAGGCCCUAUUGGCCGAACGCAGAAGUUGGUCUUCGACUAUUUCCUGUGUCGUCAUUUCCUCACUAGUCACUUUAUUUAUUGUUACUUUUUGCUGCAAAAUCCCUGAGCCGGUGGUGGCAAGACGACCCGAAUUAAAGCGGCGGAAAUCGGUAGAUGUCGUGCAACACUCUGCUCCCAAGAAAAAACGGCGCCCGAGCGACCAAGCCUUGAAGAUUGUGCGGUCCUCAAUGGAGGCCAGUGAUAAUUUCAGAAAGAAAAAAAAGAAGAAGAAUGUUCUGAGGCGAUCGAAUUCAAUCAGCACCCUCGGGGAGGAGAAGAAGGUGUGGCAAGAGGCGGGGCCAGUCGAUUGGGUGGAGGGGAAGCGAUUAGAGGAAGUGCCGUUCGUACUGGAAGAAAGUGAACACUCUACCUUGGAACCGAUUGCAUUGGAGGAGAAAAUCACUCCCCCGAGUUAUAUACAGACGGCGAUGAAUGCAAGAACGGUGCGGGCGAACGGCGAGGCGAAGAGAGAGGAGAAUGGAGGUGUGAAUGUGGAGGGGACGCCCAAGAAGGAGAAGAAAGGGUUGAGAAGGAUUUUUAAGAAAGUUUUCUAAGACUGAUUACGGCUAAGGCUGCGAGAGAGAUUGUAGUCGAUUUUAAGUUAAUUUGAGUUAUUUAAAAUGGUAAUAUAUUUUUGUGUAUUUAUUUAGGAAUUCCUUUUUAAGGCCUGUGAUAAAAUUUAUUUUUUAAAUCGACGUCGUAGAAUGUUGUAUAUUUGUAAAUUUUACUUUGCAUUGCCUGUCAAUAGAGAUCUACAAGGUA